UUAUUUUGAUAAUGUUGCAUUGAAUGUGUAGAUUGCUUUCAGUAGUAUCAACGUUUUAGCAAUAUUUGUUCUUCCAAUCCUUGAGCAUGGAAUGUUUUUCCAUUUCUUUAUGUCUUCUUCAAUUUCUUUCAUAAGCUUUCUAUAGUUUUCAGUGUACAGAUCUUUUACCUCUUUGGUUAGGUUUGUUCCUAAGUAUAUUAAGGUUUUUGGAGCAGUGUAUAAAUGGGAUCAAUUCCUCGUUUCUCUUUCUGCCGCCUCAUUACUGGUGUAUAGAAAUGCAUCCGAUUUCCGUACAUGGAUUUUAUAUCCUGCGACUUUCCUGAAUUCCUCUAGCAUCUCUAGCAGUUUUUUGGUGGAAACUUCUGGGUUUUCCGUGUAGAGUAUCACGUCCUCUGCGAAGAGUGAAGGUUUGACUUCUUUUGUGCCAAUUUGGAUGCCUUUUAUUUCGUUGUCUGAAAGCUGAGGCUAGGUCUUGUAACACUAAUAUUUGAUUCUGAAGGGUCCAGGAGCUGUUUGAAAUUCUUGUGAACAAACUUAUUAGAACUGAACCAGAUUUGAAAGAAAAUUUUUUUUUAAUUUUGUUCCUUUUCAGAUUCUCUUUUUUGCAAACCUCCCAUAACGUUCUGUGUGCAUUCGGGUUUUGUCCUUCAAAUUUGUCUGUUACAUUCUGAACCAACAUGCCAUUUUACUCCAUAACAGAAACAUUCUGUUUUAAACAAAGAAACAAAAAACCCACGUCAUCUUGAAACUCCUAGUGGACUCUCACUCAUGUAUGUUAGUUAUAACUUUUAAGCAAAUUCACUUGUAUUUUAUUGUGAAAACUACAGAGUGAAUAAUUGUGAAUUUCUUUCAUGUUAGUGGAUUUAGCAGAUUUCAUGAACACACCUAUCCCAGAAUUACUCAGCCACAUACUUAUAUAACUUCUCACUGUGGCAGAAAUGACCAUGGUCAUGGGCAGGCUCAAAAAUAGAGCCUCUUUCUAGCAUGUGCAAAUAAGAAGCAAAAAUAUAUGAACUAGAAUUAUACUUAGUUAUCAGUGUUUCAACAUUCUGUCUUAAAAAUUAUCUAGGCAUCUAUGGGAUGCCUGGGUGGCUCAUUCAGUGAAGCAUCCAACUCUUGGUUUCGGCUCAGGUCAAGAUCUCACAAUUCAUUAGAGUCUUGCAUAGGUCUCUGUGAGCCUGCUUGGGGCUCUCUGUCCCUCUCUCUCUGCUCCUCCCCCACUUUCUCUGCCUCUCAAAUAAAUAAACAUUAAAAAAAAUUAGGUAUGUAUUGAAUGUCCAUUAACUAUCAGUCCAAAGUUAUGCAUUAUCUAGAAAUCUUAAAAAUUAUCUUCUCGUUGACAUACUAUGAAACGUGAUUGCUGUGUAGCAUGAAGUUUGUCCAACCAGUGAUUCAAUUUGGUUAAUUAUAAAUUUAUAUACAUAUCAUAAUCUUAAACAUAAAAUACAUUAACACCAGUUUAUGUGAUCAGUAAAAGAUUGUAAGUUUAGGAAGAACAUACCUGAGUAGUAGAUAAAUGCAUAUUUGUGUUAUAGUUAACACUGAUACAAGAGAAAGGACUUAGUUGUUUUCAUUAAAUCUAAACGAUUGAACUAGUCCUGUUUGCCAAAGAUUUACUUAAAUUGAAUUUGAUAUCUUAAAAUAGUUGUGAUUUAGCUUCUGGGAGAAUAUAUAUUGUUUAGAUCUACCUCAUUUAAAGUAUCAUAGUUCAGUUUCCUUAUUUUCAAGAAAAUUUGGAAAUACUCAAUGUGUGUAAGCAAUUAUUUAUCUAGAAAUGCAAUUUAAGAACAGAGCUCCCUUAAUUUAAGAGAUUUUAUAAUCUGUUAAUAUCAUCCAGAGGUAGGAAAACAUUGUACACUCACACAAUCAAAGGUGAAGACCUUUGUGUGUUAAAGACAGAGACAUAUGGGCCCAGACAAGUAGAGCUUAUAGCUUCAAUCCUAUAAUUUCAGGCAUAUGUGAAGUAUAACACAGAAACAGCCAAUCUCAUCAGUCCAGAUAUCAAAAAGCUCUUCUCCCCUCAGAGAGUAUGCAGUUCUUAAUGGAUUUGAACAAAGACUGGAAAAUGAGGUUGUGUUUUGUCUUUCACCCAAAAGAAACUGGAUCUCUUUGGACUCAUUUUGAGAGAUUUCCACAUGGUCAGAUCCUAAAACCAAACUCUGAACCAUUUUUUUAAACAAUGUUUAUUGUGAGAGGGAGAGAAUGAGUGAGCAAGCAGGGGAAGGGCAGAGAGAGAGAGGGAGACAGAAUCCCAAGCAGGCUCCAUAUUGCCAGAGUGGAGCCCAACGUGGGGCUUGAACCCGUGAACCCUGAGCUCAUGACCCGAAACAAAAUCAAGAGUUGGAUGCUUAACUGACUGAGCCACCCAGGCACCCCCCCCCCAGUCAUUUUGGUUAACGAUAAAAAUAAAUCAUUGGCUGUAAAUGAACAAAAAUGAAACAGAAACACAAAGUUAGCAGAGAAGGAAAUUAAAAUUAUUAAAAAUUUAAAUUAGAAAAAAUCAACAAAGUGCUCUUGGUGCUUUGGAUUCACCUAGAAGAAAUGAGACACCCCUGGGUAUUAACUGAGAAUGAGGUACACUUUUUUGUCUUUGAAUUUUAUCUGGCUCUGACAGGUGAAUCUAGUGGGCAUAUCACUGUGACCUCCAAACCAGUUAGAAGAUAUUUUCAAAGAGAGUCAACUCAUGACCUUUAUAUCGAUGUAACGUGAAAAUGUGUUAAGAGUCUUCACUGAUGAGGAUAUUGUAACCAAUCCAGAAGAGAAUCCAAAGAACGUAGAAAUAUUGAUAAUCUUUAGAUGUGUCAACGGGGGCAAAAUUGGUUUUAGUUUGGACCUCUACUGGACCAAGCAUUCAGUAUGUGUGUCCCUGACGGGCAAUUUACAAAGGGCUGUCAAAGAGCUCAAAGACCAUGGAAGGCCGGGACCAGGUAACCUGGAGGGGAGUGUCCUCAAGACAGAGCACUGUGUCAGUGGAAACGUUCCCGUUCUUGUUUGUACUAGACUGUUGAGGGCCAGGAGAAAGAGUUCCCUCGUAAAGAGGGUCCAGUGCAGUCAACAGGGAGACCAGGUUUCUGUCAUGGAUGUUUCCAGGUCAGUCCUGAGCAGGGCACAGUGACAUCAGCGACACCAGUGACAUCAUAAUGUCGGAGGUGUCAUAUAAGCAGCUCCCUGACCAGUGAGGGGCACACUUGGUAGGAGUCGGCGCCGACAUCCUGCCACCCUCGGGCCAGCGGGACGGUCAGGCCGGGCCGAUCGGGUUCCAACCCAGCACGCGGCAUGUCUGGGAGGCGCCGCCGUCGGCACCGUCGCAGACGGAGGAGGCACGCGGAGUCCCGCUCCAGGAGAGCCGAGCUGCAAUUCCCGGUCAGCCGCGUGGAGCGUCUCCUGCGAGAGUGUCGCUACGCCCCGCGCCUGAGCGCGUCCACCCCGGUCUUCCUGACCGCCGUUCUCGAGUACCUGACGGCCAACAUCCUGGAGCUGGCGGGCAAGGAGGCUCUGGACAGCCACAAGAUGCGCAUCACCCCGGAGCACGUGCAGCGAGCUCUGGGCAGCAACCAGCACCUCAGGGGUCUCCUCGAGAACACCACCUCCCCUCGGGUGGAUGGGAUGCCCCGAGUUCGGAAGUGGUGAUGCCCGCGCCCCCUCGUCCGGACCCCGAAGCCGCCCACAGAUGAGGGAGGCCUGGCCUUGUGUCUGCACGUGACAUUAAAGGAGUUAACUCCAGGGCCGUGCCUCUGA